UCUCUACAUUAAUAAUAUCAUUGUGACUUACAAAACUUACUUACAAAACUACCAGCAAAACUCCACCCUACUCUCUGCAACAUGAGCUUGUUUUAUCAUCAUGAAGAGCCCCCAGAUUCCUCCUCUAAGAAAUACAAAUUCCUCACCCUGGCCCUCAAGGAUGCCUUUUCCAACUGCCAUUCUUUCGGCGGACGACGGUCGAACUCCGAAGAAGAUGAUCCGGGCAGCGACAUUGAUAAUGAACAGGAAGUGGUGGUUUCCGAAAUUCGGAGUAGAGCCAUGGAGGCAAAAGAGAGACGUAAAGCCAGCUUUACAAUGGAUAAUAGCUUUUGCUGGGUUCUUUCUUCAACAACAGGAGAUCUUUUUAUAACUCCAAAGGCAGUUCAACAGAAGGAGAACGGUGAUGAUGAUGAAGGGAAAGAGGACUUCUUGUCUGUUAAGAGUUGUUUAUCCCGGUGCUCGAGUGCUACAACUAUGGAGGCAUUUUUCUCUGUCAAGACGAAUUUCUCUCGCUGUUCAAGCUUAAACAGGCUUGAUUUUCAAGAUUUAUGGAACUGUUUGAGCUUCAACGGGCUUGAUUUUCAAGAUUUUCGGAGACGCUCCAUUAUUCAGGAGUUGCGUCACUGUGAGGGGUGGCCAUUCGGUCUCUGCCGGAAGGCUCUGUUGCUUCCACCUCUGCCCAAAUCUCCGUCCGAAUCGUGGACAUGGCGGAAACAUGGUAGAAUUGUUAAGUUGCAUUGAUGUUGCUACAAUUUUCUAGUCAUGUAUGCAAAUAAAGUUCAAGAAUAAAAGGUGUAAUAAUUCAGUAGAAA